CGGUCUUUGGAGAUAAGUUUUUUUUUUUUUGUUUUUCUUUAAUAUGUGUUUCAAUCAUUGUAUUCAGUCAAGACAUUGAGGCUCGCUGAACAAACAAACAAAAAUGCGAAACUGUUUGAAAAGUUUCAUCCUAAAAUUGUGUAUUUGUUUAGUAACAUGUCAAACUAUAAACGAUUGUCCGUCCGGCGUUCCCAGGGACUCUCAUCUCAGAGUUUUUGGAGACUCUUGUUACCAAUUUGUUUUAUCUUAUGAGAGGACCCACUCAGAGUCCCAGCAAUACUGUGAACGACAUGGCGGGACUCUAGCGCUGGUCAAAUCCCAGGAUGUCCAAAACUUCUUGUAUCACACACUAACCACCGAUUACAGAGAUUUUUACGACAAGCUCUGGAUUGGGCUGAACGACAUCAUUCACGAAGGACAUUAUUUUUGGGAGGAUGGCACGCCCUUGAUAUACAGCGACUGGGGAAACGGUGAAGGCCCUUCUUCUGGAAACUUCUGGGGCAGUAACCACGAAGAAAACGACUGCGUGGUAAUAGAUUUAGAAUUGAACGGAAAAUGGUCAGAGUACCCAUGCGAGGAGUCAACUUACCUAUUCUUCUUUGCUGAAGACGAACUGCACUCCUUUAUCUGCCAGUACAAGGCGCUACCGACUUCCACCACGCUGGGAUCCACAACGGUUGUCACCUUCAGGGACAGCACUACAGCCAGCAGCGUCUCAACGGACAGUGGCUCCACGGAAAGCACAACAGUCAACACAACCCCGGUCACCGGACUCACAGACACUACCGUGCUGAUCAUGUCCAACUCAUGCCCGGCUUUCUCCUGCGACCUUGACUGUGGCAUGGAUGGUUUCCAGAAAAACGAAACUUCCGGUUGCUCACUGUGCCAAUGUGCAGUAUAAAUGUUUGUUGUAUUUUUUAAUUUCAAUACAAUGUCUGAAUUAUGCAAA